GGACAGGACUGGACCAAGAGUGUUCGGUACAGCUCUCGGAGCGUCUGUCUGUCUCUGCGCAAGAUGCUCAGCAGAACCGGGGAAAACCUAUUGACCGAUUAACUACGUUAGUCCCUGUUAGGUUAAGGAAGCGAGUCAGAAUGACUAUCCCCAAAGAUAUUCCUGAAAAGUGGUUCCCCAUCGUUCUUCCACUGCAACAGAAGAAACAACAAGGACUAGCUGCUAAAACCAAGAAGACGUGGACAGAGGAGGAGAGGAGGGUCCGGGCCAAUGACAGAGAAUACAACGAGAAGUUUCAGUAUGCGAGUAACUGUAUUGUGACGUCUAAGUACAACGUCAUCACCUUUCUGCCCGUCAACCUGUUUGAACAGUUCCAGGAAGUGGCCAACACCUACUUCCUCUUUCUGCUCAUACUGCAGUUGAUUCCUCAGAUCUCGUCUCUCUCCUGGUUCACCACCAUAGUGCCUUUAGUCCUGGUGCUCAGCAUCACUGCAGUAAAGGAUGCCACUGACGACUAUUUCCGUCACAAGAGUGACAACCAGGUGAACAACCGGCAGUCUCAGGUCGUCAUCCACGGCUCUAGUCCAAAGGAGAAGUGGAUGAAUGUAAGAGUGGGUGAUAUCAUUAAACUGGAGAAUAACCAGUUUGUGGCAGCUGACCUUCUCUUACUGUCCAGUAGUGAACCUCAUAGCCUCUGUUACAUCGAGACCGCAGAGCUAGAUGGGGAGACCAAUAUGAAGGUGCGUCAGUCUCUGUCUGUGACUGCAGAGCUUGGAGACCCCAACAGCCUGGCCUCUUUUGAUGGUGAGGUGGUCUGUGAGCCUCCCAACAACAAGCUGGACAGGUUCUGUGGUCUUCUGUGCUGGAGAGAUUGUAAAUACCCCCUGAGCAACCACAACAUGUUACUACGAGGCUGUGUUCUCCGCAACACAGAGACCUGCUACGGACUAGUCAUCUUUGCAGGCCCAGACACCAAGCUGAUGCAGAAUAGUGGUCGCACCAAAUUCAAACGCACAAGCAUCGACCGCCUCAUGAACACACUGGUGCUCUGGAUCUUUGGCUUCAUGGUGUGUAUGGGUGUGAUCCUGGCUGUGGGGAACGCUGUGUGGGAGAGAGAGGUGGGUUCUCUGUUCCAGAGUUACCUGGCCUGGGACCUGCCUGUAGACAACUUCCUGUUCUCUGCUUUCCUCUCCUUCUGGUCCUACGUCAUCAUUCUCAACACCGUGGUGCCCAUCUCACUCUACGUCAGUGUGGAGGUGAUUAGGCUGGGUCAUAGUUACUUUAUAAACUGGGACAGGAAGAUGUUCUGUCCACAGUGUAACACAGCAGCUGAAGCCAGGACCACCACUCUCAACGAGGAACUGGGACAGGUGGAGUACAUCUUCAGUGACAAGACAGGAACUCUCACUCAGAACAUCAUGAGCUUCAGCAAGUGCUCUAUCAAUGGACAUGCCUAUGGUGAGGUGAUCGACCCGUUGGGAGCACAGCCAAAGAGGCUAGACUUCUCCUCCUUCAACCCCCUGGCGGACCCUGACUUCUGUUACUAUGACAACGGUCUGCUGAAGUCGGUGAAGCUGGGAGACCUUCACAGCCACGAGUUCUUCCGGCUGCUUUCCCUCUGUCACACCGUCAUGAGUGAGGAGAAGAAGGAGGGAGAGUUGAUGUAUAAGGCCCAGUCUCCAGAUGAGGGUGCGUUGGUGACAGCAGCCAGGAACUUUGGUUUUGUGUUCCGGUCUAGAACCCCUGGUACUGUCACUGUGACAGAGCUGGGCCGACCCGUCACAUACACACUGCUGGCCAUCCUCGACUUCAACAACAUCCGCAAGAGGAUGUCCGUUAUAGUGCGUAACCCUGAGGGGAGGAUACGUCUAUACUGUAAAGGAGCUGAUACUCUGUUGUUUGAGAGGCUCCACUCCUCCAACAAUCACCUGAUGAACAUCACAACAGAUCAACUUAAUGAGUAUGCUGGGGACGGUCUGCGGACCCUGGCCCUGGCCUACAGAGACCUAUCAGAGGAGCAGUGGGAGGACUGGUCAGAGAGACACCGCCAAGCAGACAGAGCUACAGACUGUAGAGAGGACAGACUGGCUGACAUAUAUGAACACAUAGAACAGGACAUGAUGCUCCUGGGAGCCACAGCCAUAGAGGAUAAGCUACAGGAGGGAGUUCCUGAGACCAUCGCUAUCCUCUCUCUCGCUAACAUCAAGAUCUGGGUCCUCACGGGAGACAAACAGGAGACAGCAGUUAAUAUAGGUUACUCCUGUAAGAUGCUGACUGGUGAUAUGACUGAGGUGUUCAUCAUCAGUGGAAACACAGUGCUGAGUGUUAGAGAGGAACUCAGGAGAGCGAGGGAGAGGAUGAUAGAGUUUGCCCGUACGAGAGAGGGAGAAAAGGAGGAGGGGAUGGAGGGAUGGGGCGAGGCCUGUUCUCUGGGGAAUGGGUUUGGGGGAGACGGGGGAGGAGAUGGGAGAGAGUGGCCCUCCGUGGGGGACAAACAGCAGCAGUGUCCCCCUCCCCCUGGCCCUCCCGCCCCUCGACCCCCCUCCUCAACCACGCUAGACUCCAUAUCUGGAGAGUUCGCUCUCGUCAUCAACGGACAUAGCCUGGCCCAUGCGUUGGAGGCUGAUAUGGAGGGGGAGUUUGUGUCUACAGCGUGUGUCUGUAGAGCAGUGAUCUGCUGCAGGGUGACUCCUCUACAGAAAGCCCUGGUGGUGGAGCUCAUCAAGAAACACAAGAAAGCUGUCACCCUGGCCAUAGGAGACGGGGCUAAUGAUGUUAGCAUGAUCAAGACGGCUCAUAUAGGAGUGGGCAUCAGUGGUCAGGAGGGCAUCCAGGCAGUGCUGGCAUCUGACUACUCCUUCUCCCAGUUCCGCUUCCUCCAGCGCCUGCUGCUGGUCCACGGACGCUGGUCCUACCUCCGCAUGUGUCGCUUCCUCUGCUACUUCUUCUACAAGAACUUUGCCUUCACCAUGGUGCACUUCUGGUUUGGCUUCUUCUGUGGCUUCUCUGCCCAGACAGUAUAUGAUCAGUACUUCAUCACUCUCUAUAACAUCGUCUACACCUCUCUCCCCGUGCUGGCCAUGGGAAUAUUUGACCAGGACGUCCCAGAGCAGCGUAGUCUGGAGUAUCCUAAGCUGUAUGAGCCAGGUCAGCUUAACCUGCUGUUCAACAAGAGAGAGUUCUUCAUCUGUAUAACCCAGGGUAUCUACACUAGUGUUGUGUUGUUCUUCGUACCCUAUGCCAUCCUGUCCCACGGAACCCAGGGCACCGGGGAACCCCUCGCUGACUACCAGACCUUUGCUGUUACCACGGCCACCACCCUGGUGAUCGUGGUCAGUGUGCAGAUUGCUCUGGACACGGGCUACUGGACAGCCAUCAACCAUUUCUUUGUGUGGGGCUCUGUGGGCUCCUUCUUCACCAUCAUGUUGGCUAUGCACAGCCAGACUCUAUUCAGCAUCUUUCCCAACCAGUUCCACUUCGUAGGCAGUGCCCAGAGCACACUGGUCCAGCCGCUGGUGUGGCUGACCAUCGUCUUGGCCACAGUGAUCUGCAUCGUUCCAGUUCUGGCUUUCCGAUUCCUCAAACUGGACCUGAAACCACAGCUCUCUGAUACGGUGCGUUACACCCAGCUGGUGCGUCAGAAGACGAGGAAGCCAGCGGGUCGAUGCAUGGGAGGAGUCAGGGUCGGAGGCGUGCCUGAGGGUCGUCUGGGGGCGAGGGGCGGGUUCAGGAGGUCAGGAUAUGCCUUUGCCCACCAGGAGGGCUUUGGGGAGCUCAUCACCUCUGGGAAGAACAUGAGACUGUCCUCCCUGGCCCUGGCCAACUUUGCCUCCAGACACAGCUCCAGCUGGAUAGACACCCUGCGCAAAAAGAAACACUCAAAUACACAUCCCCCGCAGAACGCCUCAGGAGAGAGCAGCCCGGCACCUAGCUAUGUGUCGGGAUCAGCUCCCCCCCUGUCUAAUUCAUCCUCUCUCCUGGGGGGGUCACAGGAUACUCCCCUGGAGGAGGGAACACACACGCUGCCUGUCAUACUCCCACAGGUGGCUUCUGGCCCUCCCACAAACACACUACCAGCGUUAGCUCCAGCCCAGGUCCCCUCUGCUGACGCUCUCACUCCCACCUCUGUGAGGAGUCCUGGGGGAGACUCGGUUGGUGGCUGGAACCUUAGUCUGGGCGCUGUACAGGAUGCUCUAUUUGGUUGGAGGGGCGUCGCCUAUCGCACCAGCGGAACCAGCAGCCCGGGGCCUCCCCCUGUUCCCAAGGAAACCAACCACACCGUAUGAGACGGACAGACAGAUGGACAGAUGAUAGAAAGAAGAAGGACAGGCUGUCAUAUCCCACUGGAUUCUCUUGGAAUACGUGAAGAAAUACUGCAUUUGGAAGUUUGGAAUACUGAAGGUGGAAUGUUUGGAAUACUGAAGGUGGAACGUUUGGAAUGGCCCUCACCCUGGGUUAGGAAGAGAUCCAAAGUGGCAGCCAUUGUAGGCAGAAGGCAUGCACACCCAUCAACACCCACUGGCAUUGUAGGCAGAAGGCAUGCACACCCAUCAACACCCACUGGCAUUGUAGGCAGAAGGCAUGCACACCCAUCAACACCCACUGGCAUUGUAGGCAGAAGGCAUGUAAGUCGCUUUGGAUAAAAGCGUCUGCUAAAUGGCAUAUAUUAUUAUUAUUAUUAUUAUGUACACCCAUCAACACCCACUGGCAUUGUAGGCAGAAGGCAUGCACACCCAUCAACACCCACUGGCAUUGUAGGCAGAAGGCAUGCACACCCAUCAACACCCACUGGCAUUGUAGGCAGAAGGCAUGCACACCCAUCAACACCCACUGGCAUUGUAGGCAGAAGGCAUGUAAGUCGCUUUGGAUAAAAGCGUCUGCUAAAUGGCAUAUAUUAUUAUUAUUAUUAUUAUGUACACCCAUCAACACCCACUGGCAUUGUAGGCAGAAGGCAUGCACACCCAUCAACACCCACUGGCAUUGUAGGCAGAAGGCAUGCACACCCAUCAACACCCACUGGCAUUGUAGGCAGAAGGCAUGCACACCCAUCAACACCCACUGGCACCCAUAUGACACUGUCGUUGCAAUAGUGUUGGUACAUAUAUGUUUCCGUCUGAAAGAUAGUGUGUGGUAGUUGUAAUAGACAUGCUCAGACUACCCACAACCCACUUCUCUGUCUUCUUCAACCAAUGAGGCAGGCUGAAAGAAGCACUUCUUCAUGCAAAUGAUGUAACCAUCUGCUGAAGAGCUUGGUACCACAGGGUUCCGGACAGAAACCCCGCUCCAACAGCACCGCUGUGGUUCAGACAUGACUAUACUGGAUCAUAUGUCAUAACAUCAUAUCAGAUUGGUUCAAAACAAAGUAUUGAAUUGAGUCUUUAUGACAGAAGAGAGGUUCAUUUGAUGGUCAGAAAGGUGGUGAAUUGAGUCUUUAUGACAGAAGAGAUGUUCAUUUGAUCAUCAGAAAGGUGGUGAAUUGAGUCUUUAUGACAGAAGAGAGGUUCAUUUGAUCAUCAGAAAGGUGGUGAAUUGAGUCUUUAUGACAGAAGAGAGGUUCAUUUGAUGGUCAGAAAGGUGGUGAAUUGAGAUGAAAUAGCAGAAUGAGUGUUUUUAUGAUGAGCUGCUGUUAGACAUAGUACUCCAAUACACCUGUCUGUAUCCAGCUGUUAACCAAUCAUAAACAUGUCUUUAAUAGGCCAAGUAAUGCUAUCUACCUUCUCUAAUAAUGUAUGACAGCGUGUAAACCAAUGCAGUAGUGUAGAGCUGUCCCUCUAACCUGUACAGUCUGUAUGAGGAAUGUCUCUAGAACCUUAUCAGUGGUCCUGGUCUUUGUAUUCAUGAUUACAUAUUGCUGUGUCACCAUGCCCAAAGGCUUAGUCAAACCAGACAGGCUGCACCAUCCUACACUCUUAUGGGUACAUACUACUGUACAUUCUCUAUCUGUCUGCCUGACUGAAAUCUUCACAUACAUAGUCCGUCUGUUGUUUUAGCCAAUAACUUGGCAGGACACUGAGGGGUUCAGUCAGCCAACCAAUGACUGAAGAAUGCAGGAUGCUGUCCUUGCUGGAAUGUUGUAGUAUAUGUCAUCAUAAGUUCGUGGGCAGAGUUUCUGUGUUCACUAUAGUUCUCAGUGAGAACGGCAUUUUAACCUUACAGGACACAGCAAGACUCCUCUUCGUCAUGUUCUUCUUCAUCCUCCUCCACUUCACCAUAUUGGUGACCUGCUGCUCGGCCCACAGACAGAACUACAGUUAUAUCUCUGACUCUGAGCCCCACCCGUACUGGGCUUAAGAGAGAGGAGAUGGACUUCUAACAACAACCUGGACCUCCAUGUUGCUUUGGGGCGGACUGACUCUGAGGCGUUGUGAGAGACAAUGGACAAUAAGCCCUCUAUGGCGUCCAUGUUGCUUUGGGGCGGACGGAGGCUUGGGAGGGGGGGGAUCAGGGUUAUUAUUAUUAAGCCUUAAUAAAUCCACAGUAAUGAUGAUCAA